GCUACGAUUAGCAUGAGACCUUGCAGGAUCUAUGGACAAUACUUCCGCCACCGGCGCCGGACCGUCCCCGUCAACAUGGAUCGCCAAUACAGUUUAAGGGCAACGGGCGAGACAUGACUCGACCAACAGUCGACUCGACGGCUUGGACUUGUUGAAAACCACAGAUCGACGCAUAAUUCCUGGUCGAAUACACUGGAGCCAUGUCGGCAUACGGCGCGAUCCUCACUCCCAACCGGACUGCAGGACCUCUUCCAACCACGCGCUGGCGACUCCAGCCAACCUCCAAGUACACUCCUGCGCCGGAUGCACACUUGACGAUCCACCACCUCACCCUGGCGACUGCGCGGGCCGUGCCGGGUCUGGUUGAAUACCUGCACAAGGUGUUCGCGGAUGAGCUUGAGCGCGGAUUGACCUAUCCACAGGAAAUCCGCGCAGGCGAGGAGUACGCGCUCGAGACGUUUGAGGCCUACUACUUCGCGGCGGACGUGCUGGUGGCUGUGAUAGGAGAGGGAGGCUCGGGUGAAGAGAUAGUUGAUGGCGGAGAGGUUGAGCUCGGUAUCGGAGACGCGGUCAAGGGACGCAGCAUGGAGGAGUGUAUUGCUGGAUGUUACUACGUGAAACCGAACUAUCCUGGCCGGUCCUCUCAUAUCUGCAAUGCUGGGUUCCUUGUCCCCCCCGCACAACGUGGGCGGGGCAUAGGUGCCGUACUCGCGCGUUCCUAUCUGCACUACGCACCAAGGCUUGGCUUUGAGGCGAGCGUGUUCAACCUCGUCUACAAAAACAACGCUGCGAGUGUCCGGCUCUGGGAGGCCCUCGGCUUCACGAAGGCGGGGCUCAUUCCGCGUGCGGGACGACUGAAGAAGGCAGACGGAAGCGAGGGUGAGGAGUUCGUUGAUGCGUACGUCUUUUACCGUAAGUUCGACCAAUGUCCGAGUCAGUGAGCACAGCCUGCAGUGCAAGAAGGGC